GUUCGUCUGCAGCAUUCUGCACUCGUAGUCGCCGUCGUUUGGGGCUCGUCGUCAGUCUAGAGAGUAAUAUCGACACGAAAAGAAAAGAAAAGCGAUACGAGUGGCUGAAAGGGAAAUUCCCAACCAAAUUAAAUACACUACGCUGCUGGGUUGAUCUUGUUUGCCUGGAGGCGCUGCAGUCGUUGGCGUUAACCAAACGAAAUGGCUGAAGCGGAAGGUGGCUCCGAGCAGGAUGAUGUCUCUUUCCUGAGAACGGAGGACAUGGUCACACUCUCGUGCACAGCGACGGGAGAACGUGUCUGCUUGGCCGCCGAGGGAUUUGGUAACCGGCAUUGUUUCCUCGAGAACAUUGCCGAUAAGAAUGUGCCGCCGGAUUUAUCCCAGUGUGUGUUCGUCAUCGAACAGGCCCUGUCGGUGCGUGCCCUGCAGGAGCUGGUGACGGCGGCGGGAUCCGAGACUGAUAGUCAAGUUGGCAAAGGUACCGGAUCGGGACAUAGGACAUUGCUCUACGGCAAUGCCAUUUUGCUCCGACAUCACAACAGUGAUAUGUACUUGGCCUGUCUGUCGACCUCGUCGUCCAACGAUAAGCUUUCCUUCGAUGUGGGUCUGCAGGAGCACAGCCAAGGCGAGGCCUGCUGGUGGACGGUGCAUCCGGCGAGCAAACAGCGCUCCGAGGGUGAGAAGGUGCGCGUCGGUGAUGAUCUGAUCCUGGUGUCCGUAGCCACGGAGCGGUACCUGCACACGACUAAGGAGAACGAGCAGUCGAUUGUGAAUGCCAGCUUCCAUGUCACCCACUGGUCCGUCCAGCCCUACGGAACUGGCAUCUCCCGCAUGAAGUACGUUGGCUAUGUCUUUGGCGGCGACGUGUUGCGCUUCUUUCACGGCGGCGACGAGUGCCUGACCAUACCAAGCACUUGGGGUCGUGAAGCGGGUCAAAACAUUGUCGUUUACGAGGGCGGCGUGGUCAUGGCCCAGGCCCGUUCGCUGUGGCGCCUAGAACUGGCGCGUACCAAGUGGACGGGCGGCUUUAUCAACUGGUCCCAUCCCAUGCGCAUCCGCCACAUCACCACUGGACGCUACUUGGGCGUCAACGAUAGCAACGAACUGAUUCUAGUGAAGAAAGAGGAGGCUUCGAUUGCCACGACGACUUUCUGCCUCAGGCAGGAAAAGGACGACGAGAAGAAGGUGCUCGAGGACAAGGAUCUGGAGGUGAUCGGGUCGCCGAUCAUCAAGUACGGGGACACCCCCGUCAUUGUCCAGCACGGCGAGACGAGCCUGUGGCUCAGCUACAAGAGCUACGAGACGAAGAAGAAGGGCGUCGGCAAAGUCGAGGAGAAGCAGGCCAUUCUCCACGAGGAGGGCAAAAUGGACGAUUGCCUGGACUUUUCGCGCUCACAAGAGGAGGAGUCGAAAACGGCGCGUGUCAUCCGCAAGUGCAGCAGUCUAUUCACUCAGUUUAUUACGGCAUUGGAGAUGCUGCAAUCGAAUCGCCGGCACUCGGUAUUCUUCCAGAAGGUGAACCUCAACGAGAUGGUCAUGUGCCUGGAGGAUUUGAUCAAUUAUUUCUCCCAACCAGAGGACGAUAUGGAACACGAGGAGAAGCAGAAUCGCUUCCGUGCCUUGCGCAAUCGUCAGGAUCUGUUCCAAGAGGAGGGCGUUCUCAAUCUUAUACUGGAGGCCAUUGACAAGAUCAAUAUCAUCACGUCGCAGGGCUUCCUGGCCAGCUUUCUCGCUGGCGACGAGACCGGCCAAAGCUGGGACCUCAUCUCCACGUACCUCUAUCAACUGCUGGCCGCCAUCAUCAAGGGCAAUCACACGAAUUGCGCUCAGUUCGCGAAUAGCAACCGCCUGAACUGGUUGUUCUCGCGUCUGGGCUCCCAGGCCUCCAGCGAGGGCUCUGGAAUGCUGGAUGUGCUGCACUGUGUGCUCAUUGAUUCGCCCGAGGCGCUGAAUAUGAUGCGGGAUGAGCACAUCAAGGUGAUUAUCUCCCUGCUGGAGAAGCAUGGACGUGACCCCAAGGUCCUGGAUGUCCUGUGCUCCCUGUGCGUCGGCAAUGGCGUGGCCGUGCGCUCCUCCCAGAACAACAUCUGCGACUUCCUGCUGCCAGGGAAGAACCUGCUGUUGCAGACGCUCCUGGUGGACCAUGUGGCCAGCAUUCGGCCGAACAUCUUUGUCGGACGCGUGGACGGGUCGUCCAUGUACCAGAAAUGGUACUUUGAGAUCACCAUGGACCACAUUGAGCAAACGACCCAUAUGAUGCCCCAUCUGCGGAUUGGGUGGGCCAACACCUCAGGCUAUGUGCCGUAUCCGGGCGGUGGCAAGAAGUGGGGCGGCAACGGAGUAGGCGAUGAUCUGUACUCGUUUGGCUUCGAUGGCGCCAACUUGUGGACCGGCGGGCGCAAGUCUUUGGUGGUGGAUGCCAUAACCGAGGAGCCGUACAUCCGAAAGGGCGAUGUCAUUGGCGUGGCCAUAGAUCUGUCGGUGCCCGUCAUCACGUUCACUUUCAAUGGAGUCAAGGUGCGCGGCUGCUUCCGGGAUUUUAAUCUGGACGGCAUGUUCUUUCCGGUGAUGAGCUGCUCCUCGAAGCUGAGCUGUCGCUUCCUGUUUGGCGGCGAUCAUGGCCGCCUGAAGUAUGCUCCACCCAUGGGCUUCUCAGCGCUGGUGCAGUGUCUGAUGCCGCCCCAGAUCCUCAGCCUGGAUCCGUGCUUCUACUUUGGAAAUAUCAACAAGAACGUCUUGGCCGGUCCUUGGCUCAUCGAGGACGACACGGCGUUUGUGCCCAAACCCGUGGACACCUCGGGCGUGACCCUGCCCAGCUCUGUGGACCAAAUCAAAGAGAAACUGGCGGAGAACAUUCACGAAAUGUGGGCCCUCAACAAGAUCGAGGCGGGGUGGUCGUGGGGCGAACAUCGCGACGACUACCAUCGCAUUCACCCGUGCCUUACGCAGUUCGAGAAGCUGCCGGCAGCCGAGAAGCGUUACGACAAUCAAUUGGCUGUUCAAACACUCAAGACAAUCAUUUCGUUGGGCUACUACAUAACCAUGGACAAGCCACCCGCCCGCAUUCGUCCGGUGCGUCUGCCCAACGAGAUCUUCAUGCAGGGCAAUGGCUACAAGCCAGCACCGCUGGACCUCAGUGCCGUCACCCUCACGCCUAAGCUGGAGGAGCUCGUCGAUCAGCUGGCCGAGAAUACGCACAACCUUUGGGCCAGGGAGCGCAUCCAGCAGGGCUGGACAUAUGGCCUCAACGAGGACUCGGACAACUAUCGCAGCCCCCAUCUGGUGCCGUACGGCAAGGUGGACGAGGCCAUCAAGAGGGCCAAUCGGGACACCGCCUCGGAGACGGUGCGCACUCUGCUCGUCUACGGCUAUGUGUUGGAUCCGCCCACAGGCGAGGGCACCGAAGCCCUGCUGGCCGAGGCCCAGCGCCUGAAGUUUUCCGCCUUCCGGACGUACCGCGUGGAGCGCAACUAUGCCGUGACUUCUGGCAAGUGGUAUUUCGAGUUUGAGGUCCUCACCGCGGGACCUAUGCGCGUGGGAUGGGCGCGGGCCGACUGCUAUCCGGUCGCCAUGCUGGGCAGCGAGGACACCAGCUGGGCCUUCGAUGGACACAAUGAAGAGAAAGUCUAUGGUGGCAACAGUGAAUCCUUUGGUAAACAGUGCGGACCCGGUGACAUAGUUGGGGUCUUUCUCGACCUAGCGGAUCACACAAUUAGCUUUUCGCUGAACGGAGAGCUCCUCAUGGAUGCCCUGGGUGGGGAGACAACCUUUGCCGAGGUCACCGCCGAGGGGGUGGGCUUUGUGCCCGCCUGCACACUGGGCGUGGGCCAGAAGGCACGCCUCAUCUAUGGCCAGGACGUGGACUCCCUGAAGUUCUUCACGACGUGCGGUCUUCAAGAGGGCUAUGAGCCAUUCUGUGUUAACAUGCGGCGGCCAGUGACCCAUUGGUAUACGAAGGACCAGCCCAUUUUCGAGAACACCGAGGAGAUGCCCGACUGCCGCAUCGAUGUGACGCGUAUUCCUGGGGGGGCAGACACCCCACCGCACCUGAAGAUCUCCCACAACACGUUCGAGACCAUGGAGAAGGCCAACUGGGAGUUCUUGCGCCUCUCCCUGCCCGUCACCUGCAUGGGGGAAUUCAUCAGCGAGCAGGAGAAGGCGCGCCGGUGGGGGGAGAUUAAGAUCCGUCAGUAUCGCUUGAUGCGCGAGGCCCAGGCGGCGGCUGCCCAGGUGCAAAACGCCCAAACUGCCGCCCACAUGGACCACAUGCUCACAGGCGGUUUCAACAUGAACGACAUCAAGGGGCUGACGCGGGGGAACUUUGACGAUCACGCGGAGGCCGAGGCAGAGCAUAUGAUGCGCCCACCCCGGACGCUGCGCAAGGGAAGCCUCACCCGCAACAUAACCUUCGAGAGCGACAUGUCCGCCGCACUAGACGAAAUGCAGCGAUCGACAUCGGUGCUGGAUAUGAACGGAUUGGGCGAGGAGAUCGACGACAAGAAGAAGCGCGGCCGCAGUCCUUUCAAGUUCUUCUCCAAGAAGUCGCGCGAUCAGAGUCGCGAGAAAAUGGGCUCCAGAACGUUGGAUACUUCGCUGGAGCGUCGCAAGACGGUGGCCCAUGGCCGGAAUGUGGUCAACCAGCAAAUGACAACCCGCGCCCCAACCCUGCGGCUGAACAAUGCGGAGAUCCCAUCCAGUCCGGUCCAGCAACAGGCCCAGCAGGGACCCAAGCAGUUGAGCUCCUCGAAUCUGGGACAACCGCCGGUGGAGUCGUCGGGCAACGAGAUGUUCGACGCCGAUUGCCUCAAACUGAUCAACGAAUACUUUUACGGCGUACGCAUAUUCCCCGGCCAGGACCCCACGCACGUGUACGUUGGCUGGGUGACGACGCAGUAUCAUCUGCACAGCCGGGAGUUCAACAAGAACAAGGUGCGCCGGGGAUCCGUCUACAUCGGGGACGAUUACGAGGUGCCCAUCGAGCGAAUCGAUCGCCAGAGCUGCUAUGUGGUGCGAGCCGAUGAACUGUUCAACGAGGUGACCCAAGACGCCUCCGGCAAGGGUGCCUCCCAGGGCAUGUUCGUGGGUUGCUUCGUGGACACGGCCACGGGCAUUAUUCGGUUCACGUGCGAGGGCAAGGACACCUCGCACCGCUGGAUGAUGGAGCCGGACACCAAGCUCUUUCCGGCCAUUUUUGUGGAGGCCACCAGUAAGGAGAUCCUACAGAUCGAGCUGGGUCGCACACCCACCACCCUGCCACUGUCGGCAGCCGUGCUGCCGACCAGCGACAAGCACAUCAAUCCCCAGUCGCCGCCGCGCCUCAAGGUGCAGUGCCUGCGUCCGCAUCAGUGGGCCCGAGUGCCCAACACUUCGCUGCAGGUGCACGCCCUGAAGUUGUCCGAUAUCCGCGGCUGGUCGAUGCUGUGCGAGGACCCUGUAUCCAUGCUGGCUCUGCACAUACCCGAGGAGGAUCGCUGCAUCGACAUACUGGAGCUGAUCGAGAUGGACAAGCUGCUCUCCUUCCAUGCGCACACCCUCACCCUGUAUGCGGCGUUGUGCUAUCAGUCCAACUACCGUGCAGCGCAUGCCCUCUGCCAGCACGUGGACCAGAAGCAGCUACUCUAUGCCAUCCGGUCGGAGUACAUGAGCGGUCCGCUGCGGCAGGGCUUCUACGAUCUGCUGAUCGCCCUGCAUUUGGAGUCGCAUGCCACUACGAUGGAGGUGUGCAAGAAUGAGUAUAUCACGCCCUUGGGUACCGAACUGAAGGAGCUUUAUGCCGAUGAAGAGAUGCAGCACUCGCUGCGAUCCUUGGUCACAGAGUCGGUGCGUCCCCAGCUGCGUAUGACGCAAAUCACCGAACCGAUCCCCGACAUCGACCAAUUGUACUCCCCGAAGUUCCCCCUAGAAGUAGUCAGGCAGUUCGUGAUGGAGGCCCUCAAAGACGCCGUGGAGAUCAAUCAGGUGCACAAUCGUGAUCCGAUCGGUUGGACCAACGAGAACCUGUUCCUACCCCUCAUUAAGCUCACAGAUCGCUUGCUCUUGGUCGGUGUCCUCACCGACGAAGAUGUACAGAAGCUGUUGGUAAUGGUCGAUCCCGAGACAUGGGAUGCUAAAUUCGAGAAAGAGGGCAAAGACGAACACCGCAAGGGACUGCUGACCAUGAAGAUGGCAGAGGGUGCCAAGCUGCAGAUGUGCUAUCUGCUGCAUCAUCUGUACGAUACCCAGCUGCGGCAUCGGGUGGAGAGCAUCAUUGCAUUCUCGCACGACUUUGUGGGCGAUCUGCAAACCGAUCAGUUGCGUCGUUAUAUCGAGAUCAAACAAUCGGAUCUUCCCAGUGCUGUGGCGGCCAAAAAGACCAAGGAGUUCCGGUGUCCGCCGCGCGAGCAAAUGAAUCAGAUACUGUGCUUCAAGAACCUCGAGUCCGAUGACCAGGACAACUGCACCUGUGGCCUUAAGUUGCGCGGCCGACUGGGCGACUUUCACGACAGCCUCAUGCAGAAGGUGUCGCUCAAUGCGCUGCAGGAGCCCGACGGUACCGAGAGCGGUACAGCGAUCGAGGAGAUAAAAACAGGGCCCAUCACGAAGAUCUAUAACUUUAUCAAUACGGUCAAGGAGCUGGAGGAGGGGCCCAAGGAGGUAGAGGAGCCGGAAAAGAAGACACCCGAGGAGGUGUUCCGCAAGGUUCUCAUUAAGCAAAUCGUCAGCUGGGCAGAGGAGUCGCCUAUCGAGAACCCCAAGUUGGUUCGUGAAAUGUUCAGCCUCCUGCUGCGCCAAUACGACACCGUUGGUGAGUUGGUGCGGGCGCUGGAGAAGACAUAUGUGAUCAACAAUCGAGCGCGCGAGGAUGUGGCCGAAAUGUGGGUGGGGCUCAGCCAGAUACGCGCCCUGCUGCCCGUCCAAAUGAGCCAGGAAGAGGAGGAACUGAUGCGCAAACGUCUCUGGAAGCUGGUGAACAACGCUACCUUCUUCCAGCACCCCGAUCUGAUACGCAUCUUGCGCGUACACGAGAACGUCAUGGCCGUGAUGAUGAACACGCUGGGACGUCGGGCCCAGGCACAGAGCGACGCACCCGCCCAGCCCGAGGGAGGCGAGGGUGUGCCCUCGAAGGAAAAGGACACGUCCCACGAGAUGGUCGUGGCCUGCUGUCGCUUCCUGUGCUAUUUCUGCCGCACCGGCCGCCAGAACCAGAAGGCCAUGUUCGAUCAUUUUGACUUCCUGCUGGACAACGCCAACAUUCUGCUGGCACGGCCGAGCCUGCGAGGCUCCACACCCCUGGACGUGGCAUAUUCGAGUCUGAUGGAGAACACAGAAUUAGCUCUGGCGCUUAGGGAACACUACCUGGAGAAGAUCGCCGUGUAUCUGUCCAGGUGCGGCCUGCAGAGCAAUUCGGAACUGAUCGAGAAGGGGUAUCCCGAUCUCGGCUGGGAUCCCGUUGAGGGCGAGCGUUACCUGGACUUUCUGCGCUAUUGCGUGUGGGUCAAUGGCGAGAGUGUCGAGGAGAAUGCAAACCUUGUCAUUCGUCUUCUUAUCCGUCGUCCAGAGUGCUUGGGACCGGCUCUAAGAGGAGAAGGGGAAGGUCUUUUCCGGGCCAUCGUUGAGGCCAAUCGCAUGUCGGAGCGCAUCUCGGAUCGCUGUAAAAUGCAGGACGAGGCCGAGGGCACCACCAUAGCCGGUCUGAAUUUUACGCAUCCGCUGCCCGAGAGCGACGAGGACGAGGACUACAUCGACACGGGUGCCGCCAUACUCAAUUUCUAUUGUACGCUCGUCGACCUGCUGGGCCGCUGUGCCCCUGACGCCUCUGUCAUCGAGCAGGGCAAGAACGAGUCGCUGAGAGCUAGAGCUAUUUUGAGAUCUCUGGUGCCGCUGGAGGACCUGCAGGGUGUGCUCAGCCUUAAGUUCACUCUCACCCAGACGGGGCCCGGCGAGGAGAAGGCCAAAACGGACAUGCCCUCCGGCCUACUGCCCAACAACAAGCAGAGCAUUGUGCUCUUCCUGGAGCGCGUAUACGGCAUCGAGACACAGGAUCUGUUCUAUCGCCUGCUGGAGGACGCCUUCCUGCCCGAUCUGCGCACGGCCACCAUUCUCGAUAAGAGCGACGGCUCCGAGAGCGACAUGGCCCUGGCCAUGAAUCGCUACAUCGGCAACUCCAUCCUACCCCUCCUCAUCAAGCACUCCAAGUUCUACAACGAGGCCGAGAACUACGCCAGCCUCUUGGAUGCCACUCUGCACACGGUCUACCGGCUAUCGAAGAACCGUAUGCUAACCAAGGGGCAGCGAGAGGCCGUCUCCGACUUUCUGGUGGCCCUCACAUCCCAAAUGCAACCUGCCAUGCUGCUCAAGCUGCUGCGCAAGUUGACUGUGGAUGUGUCCAAGCUGUCCGAGUACACCACUGUGGCACUGAGGCUGCUCACCCUUCACUUCGAUCGCUGCGCCAAGUACUAUGGGUCGACUCAAGGCCAGGGUUCGUACGGGGCGUCGUCGGACGAGGAGAAGCGCCUGACCAUGCUCCUGUUCUCCAACAUUUUUGACUCGCUCAGCAACAUGGACUAUGACCCGGAACUGUUCGGUAAAGCACUGCCCUGCCUCAUCGCCAUCGGCUGCGCCCUACCGCCCGACUACAGUCUAUCCAAGAACACGGACGAGGACUACUACGGCCGCCAGAUGGGUGCCCCGGACCAGCCGCAAUACGUGCCCCAUCCCAUCGAUACGAACAGCGUCCAUUUGGACAACGAUCUGAACUCUCUGGUGCAGAAGUUCAGCGAGCACUAUCACGACGCCUGGGCCAGUCGCCGCCUGGAGGGUAGCUGGACCUAUGGCGACAUCCGCUCCGAGAACGAUCGCAAGCAUCCCCGCCUCAAGCCCUACAACAUGCUCACCGAAUAUGAACGGGAGCGUUACCGUGAUCCAGUGCGUGAGUGCCUGAAGGGUCUAUUGGCCAUUGGCUGGACCGUGGAACACUCGGAGGUGGAUGUCCCACUCAAUCAUCGUGGAUCGACGCGUCGCCAAUCGAAGCCUCAGAUUCACGAUUUUCAGAACGAGGGCAGUCCCUUCAACUACAAUCCCCAUCCGGUGGAUAUGAGCAACCUAACGCUCAGCAGGGAGAUGCAGAAUAUGGCCGAACGUCUGGCGGAGAACUCCCACGACAUUUGGGCCAAGAAGAAGAACGAGGAGCUCAAUGGCUGCGGAGGUGUCAUCCAUCCACAGCUGGUGCCGUACGAUCUGCUCACGGACAAGGAGAAAAAGAAGGAUCGCGAACGAUCGCAGGAGUUCCUCAAGUACAUGCAGUACCAGGGAUACAAGCUGCACAAACCAUCCAAGGGCGGCGCUGUGGAGGAGGGUGGAGCCACACAGGCAGCCGUUGAGCUGAGAUUCUCAUACUCGCUUCUGGAGAAGCUCAUCGCCUAUCUGGAUAGGGCCACCAUUAACAUGAAGCUGCUGAAGCCAUCGACCACCUUUAGUCGUCGCACCUCCUUCAAGACGGCCACGCGCGACAUCAAAUUCUUCUCGAAGGUGGUCCUGCCACUGAUGGAGAAGUACUUCUCUACGCACCGCAACUACUUCAUUGCCAUUGCCACGGCCACGAACAACAUUGGAGCAGCCUCGCUCAAGGAGAAGGAAAUGGUUGCCUCCAUAUUCUGUAAACUGGCGGCCCUUCUGCGUAACCGCCUGAGCGCCUUCGGGCCGGAUGUGCGCAUCACUGUGCGCUGCCUCCAGGUGCUGGUCAAGGGCAUCGAUGCCAGGACGCUGACCAAGAACUGCCCCGAAUUCAUACGCACCUCCAUGCUGACGUUCUUCAACCAGACGUCCGACGAUCUGGGCAACACCAUCCUCAAUCUGCAGGACGGAAAGUACAGCCACCUGAGAGGCACGCACCUGAAGACCUCCACGUCGCUGGGCUAUGUCAAUCAGGUGGUGCUGCCCGUGCUGACGGCGAUGUUCGAUCACCUGGCGGCCUGCGAUUACGGCAGCGAUCUGCUGCUCGACGAGAUCCAGGUGGCCUCAUACAAGAUACUGGCCGCACUCUACCAUCUGGGCACGGACGGGACGCUCACGCACGACCGGAAGUAUCUGAAGACAGAGAUCGAGCGGCAUCGUCCGGCCCUGGGCUCGUGCCUGGGCGCUUACAGCUCCUGCUUCCCUGUGGCCUAUCUGGAGCCUCACCUGAACAAGCACAACCAGUACUCGCUGCUAAACCGCAUCGCGGACCACUCGCUAGAGGCGCAGGACAUCAUGGUGAAGAUGGAGCAGUGCAUGCCCAAUCUGGAGACCAUUCUCAGCGAGGUGGACCAGUUCGUGGAGUCGGACAAGACGUACAACGAUGCACCACACAUUAUCGACGUCAUCCUGCCGCUGCUGUGUGCCUACCUCCCCUUCUGGUGGUCCCAGGGCCCGGACAAUGUGAGUCCCACCAGUGGCAAUCAUGUGACCAUGGUCACGGCGGAUCACAUGAACCCCUUGCUGCGCAAUGUGCUCAAGAUGAUCAAGAAGAACAUUGGCAACGACAAUGCCCCCUGGAUGACCCGCAUUGCGGCCUACACGCAGCAGAUAAUCAUCAACACGUCCGAGGAGCUACUGAAGGAUCCGUUCCUGCCUCUGGCGGAGCGCGUGAAGAAGCGCACCGAGAACAUGCUCCACAAGGAGGAUAGCAUGCGGGGCUUCAUCAAGUCUGCCACCGACGACACCUCCCAGGUGGAGACGCAACUGCAGGAGGACUGGAAUCUGCUCGUUCGCGACAUUUACUCGUUCUAUCCGUUGCUCAUCAAGUACGUGGAUCUGCAGCGCAACCACUGGCUGAAGGACAACAUCCCCGAGGCCGAGGAGCUCUACAACCAUGUGGCCGAGAUCUUCAACAUCUGGUCCAAGAGCCAGUACUUCCUCAAGGAGGAGCAGAACUUUAUCUCUGCGAAUGAGAUCGACAACAUGGCCCUGAUCAUGCCCACGGCCACGCGUCGCUCCGCCAUAUCGGAGGGCGCUCCCGCCGUCGGUGGCAAGGUGAAGAAGAAGAAGAAGAACAGGGACAAGAAGCGCGACAAGGACAAGGAGGUGCAGGCGAGUCUGAUGGUGGCGUGUUUGAAGCGCCUGCUGCCCGUCGGCCUCAAUCUGUUUGCUGGACGGGAGCAGGAGCUGGUGCAGCACUGCAAGGAUCGGUACCUGAAGAAGAUGACCGAGUACGAUGUGAUCGAGUUUGCGCGCAACCAGCUGACGCUGCCCGACAAGCUGGAUCCCUCCGACGAGAUGUCCUGGCAGCACUAUCUCUACUCGAAGCUGGGCAAGAGCGAGGAGACCGUGGACGAGCAGGCACUGGAGAAGGCGAACGUCAACUCAAACGAGAAGGGCAAAGACAAGACCCAGGAGACAGUAGAUCGCAUAGUGGCCAUGGCCAAGGUUCUGUUUGGCCUUCAUAUGAUCGACCAUCCGCAACAGCAGAGCAAGAAUGUGUACAGGAGCGUUGUGUCGAUCCAGAGGAAGCGUGCCGUAAUCGCGUGUUUCCGUCAGACAUCGCUACACUCUCUACCCAGACAUCGCGCUUGCAACAUCUUUGCCCGCACCUAUCACGAGCAAUGGCUGAACGAGGAGAAUGUCGGCCAGGAGGUGAUGGUGGAGGAUCUAACGCAGUCAUUCGAGGACUCGGAGAAGUCCAAAAAGGAUGGGGAGGAGACCGACAGCAAGCCCGAUCCACUCACCCAAUUGGUGACCACAUUCUGUCGCGGUGCCAUGACCGAACGGAGUGGCGCACUGCAGGAGGAUCUGCUCUAUAUGUCGUAUGCCCAGAUUACGGCCAAGUCCUGUGGCGAGGAGGAGGAGGAGGGCGGCGACGAGGAGGGCGGUGAGGGUGCCGAAGAGGGCGAGGGCACCAGCAUCCAUGAACAAGAGAUGGAAAAGCAGAAGCUGCUCUUCCAUCAGGCCCGCCUCUCGAAUCGUGGCAUUGCCGAAAUGGUGCUGUUGCACAUUUCCGCCUCCAAAGGUAUACCUUCGGAGAUGGUAAUGACGACACUCAAUCUCGGCAUCGCCAUAUUGCGCGGCGGCAACAUCGACAUCCAAAUGGGCAUGCUCAAUCAUCUGAAGGAGAAGAAGGAUGUGGGCUUUUUCACGUCGAUUGCUGGCCUGAUGAACUCGUGCAGUGUCCUCGAUCUGGACGCUUUUGAGCGCAACACCAAAGCAGAGGGUCUUGGUGUAGGUUCCGAGGGGGCGGCAGGCGAGAAGAACAUGCACGAUGCCGAGUUCACGUGCGCACUCUUCCGGUUCAUCCAGCUCACCUGCGAGGGCCACAAUUUGGAAUGGCAGAACUAUCUGAGGACACAGGACGGCAACACGACAACCGUCAACGUGGUCAUCUGCACUGUGGACUAUCUGCUGCGGCUGCAGGAGUCCAUCAUGGACUUCUACUGGCACUACUCCAGCAAGGAGAUCAUCGAUCCCGCCGGCAAGGCAAACUUCUUCAAGGCCAUCGGUGUGGCCAGCCAGGUGUUUAACACCCUCACCGAGGUCAUCCAGGGUCCCUGCACCCUCAAUCAGCAGGCUCUGGCCCACUCUCGUCUGUGGGAUGCAGUCGGAGGCUUCCUCUUUCUCUUUUCCCACAUGCAGGACAAGCUAUCGAAGCACUCCAGUCAGGUGGAUCUGCUGAAGGAGCUGCUCAAUUUGCAAAAGGAUAUGAUCACCAUGAUGCUGUCUAUGCUGGAAGGAAAUGUCGUCAAUGGUACUAUUGGCAAACAGAUGGUGGACACUCUGGUGGAGUCCGCAUCGAAUGUGGAGCUGAUUCUCAAGUACUUUGAUAUGUUCCUUAAACUGGCCGACCUCAUUGAAUCGCCCAGUUUCCAUGAGAUCGACAUAAAGAACGAAGGCUGGGUCACGCCCAAGGACUUUAGGGAGAAAAUGGAGCAAUCCAAGAACUACUUACUGGAAGAAAUGGAUUUCCUUUUGGCUUGUUGCGAACGCAAUCACGAGGGAAAGAUCGACUACAGAGCUUUCGUGGAACGCUUCCACGAACCAUCAAAGGAGAUCGGUUUCAACCUGGCUGUUCUGCUGACCAACCUAAGCGAGCAUAUGCCGAAUGAGCCGCGCCUGGCGCGCUUCCUGGAGACGGCCGGCUCGGUGCUGAACUACUUCGAGCCGUUCCUGGGUCGCAUCGAGAUCUUGGGUAGCUCGAAGCGCAUCGAGCGGGUCUACUUCGAGAUCAAGGACUCGAACAUCGAGCAGUGGGAGAAGCCGCAGAUCCGCGAAUCAAAGCGUGCCUUCUUCUAUUCCAUCGUCACCGAGGGCGGCGACAAGGAGAAGCUCGAGGCCUUUGUCAACUUCUGCGAGGAUGCCAUCUUUGAGAUGACCCAUGCCUCUGGCCUGAUGGCCACCGACGACGGCGGCAGCAACGUGAGGCGCGACACCGCCUACAGUUCGUACAUGAGCGAGGAGGAGGAGGAGCGCGCCGCUCGGGACCCCAUCAGACGCACCAUCACCGCCGUCAAGGAGGGUCUCAAGUUCGGCAUCCACAUGUUGAGUCCGGCGAACAUCAAGCACCAGAUUGGCGUCAUGCAGACCAAGUCCAUCCCAGAGCUGAUUGUCGGCUUCUUCAAGAUGAUCAUCUACAUGUUCUACUACACUGGCUAUGCCCACUUCUGCGUGGUGCGCUACAUUUUUGACAUACUCCUGAACCUGAUGAGCGGACCCGCCCCUGAGCAGGAGGAUCAGCUGCCGGUGGUCGAGGAGGAGACGUUUGGCAGAGCACUGCCGCCGCUACCGUUGGAAGAGCCGCCUGGGACCGUUCAGGCAUUUGGCUUGGACAUAAACAAAGAGGACAACGGCGUGUACAAGGUGGUGGUUCAUGAAUCCCCUGGCAACUCCUCGGUGGAGGAAGGUGGCGAAUCUAGCCCCGAGGAUGGUGCAGCCAUUGCCGGGGAACUGGCCGAGGGCGAGCCCUACCAGGAGCCAAUCAGCAUUGUAGAUCUGCUGGGCGGAGAUGCGGCCAAGAAGGCGGCUCAGGAGCGACAGGAGGCGCAAAAGGCCCAAGAGGCGGCGAUGGCAUCCAUUGAGGCCGAGGCCAAGAAGUCUUCGGCAGCCCCACAGGAAACACCCGCGGUGCACCAGAUCGACUUUUCGCAGUACACGCACAGGGCCGUCAGCUUCCUGGCGAGGAACUUCUACAAUCUGAAAUACGUCGCCUUGGUGCUUGCCUUCAGCAUUAACUUUAUGCUGCUCUUCUACAAGGUCACCUCAUUAAAGAGUGAAUCCGAGGGCUCUGCCGAGGAGGAGCUGAUUCUGGGCUCCGGUUCGGGGGCAGGUGUGGACAUGAAUGGAUCUGGAUUUGGAGGCUCUGGCGAUGGCGGAUCCGGGGACGGGGAAAUGGAGGAUGAGAUACCAGAGCUUGUGCACGUGAACGAGGACUUCUUUUAUAUGGCGCACGUACUGCGCAUUGCCGCGUGUCUCCACUCGCUCGUGUCGCUGGCCAUGCUGAUCGCCUAUUACCACCUGAAGGUGCCGCUGGCUAUUUUCAAGCGUGAGAAAGAGAUCGCCCGACGACUGGAGUUCGAUGGCCUCUUCAUUGCCGAGCAGCCGGAGGACGAUGACUUCAAGUCGCACUGGGACAAGCUGGUCAUAUCGGCCAAGAGCUUCCCGGUCAACUAUUGGGACAAGUUCGUCAAGAAGAAGGUGCGACAAAAGUACAGCGAAACGUACGAAUUCGACUCCAUCUCAAAUCUGCUGGGCAUGGAGAAGAGCGCAUUCACGGCGCAGGAGAGCGAGGAGACGGGCAUCUUUAAGUACAUCAUGAACAUUGACUGGCGCUACCAGGUGUGGAAGGCGGGCGUCACAUUCACGGACAACGCCUUUCUCUACUCGCUGUGGUACUUUAGCUUCUCGGUUAUGGGCAACUUCAACAACUUCUUCUUCGCUGCCCAUCUUCUGGAUGUGGCCGUCGGCUUCAAGACACUGCGCACGAUCCUCCAGUCGGUCACGCACAACGGCAAGCAGCUGGUCCUGACCGUGAUGCUGUUGACCAUUAUUGUCUACAUCUAUACGGUGAUAGCGUUCAACUUCUUCCGCAAGUUCUACAUCCAGGAGGAGGACGAGAUGGUGGACAAGAAGUGCCACGACAUGCUGACCUGCUUCGUCUUCCAUUUGUACAAGGGAGUGCGUGCGGGCGGAGGUAUUGGAGACGAGAUUGGCGAUCCUGUCGGGGACGACUACGAGGUGUAUCGCAUCAUCUUUGACAUCACUUUCUUCUUCUUCGUCAUCAUUAUCCUGCUGGCCAUCAUCCAGGGUCUGAUCAUUGACGCCUUCGGCGAGCUCCGUGACCAGCUGGAGUCGGUCAAGGACAACAUGGAGUCCAACUGCUUUAUAUGUGGCAUGGGAAAGGACUUCUUCGACAUAGUGCCGCAUGGCUUCGACACACACGUCCAGAAGGAACACAACCUGGCCAACUACAUGUUCUUCCUGAUGCAUUUGAUCAACAAACCGGACACCGAGUACACGGGCCAGGAGACGUACGUGUGGAAUAUGUACCAGCAGCGCAGCUGGGACUUCUUCCCGGUGGGUGACUGUUUCCGCAAGCAAUACGAGGACGAAUUAUCUGGCGGCGGCGGUGGCGGUUAGCCGCUGUCGCCAGCAUUCCUACCAACUAUCUGAUCGCUUUCUGGGCCCAAGUCGGUCCAAGGACUCGGCAUCUAAUUUGUAUCUACUACUUACUACUCUACU